GCCGUGAUGCCAUUUGGAUGCCUUGCCCUGCGAGAUGGGCGAACCUAUUGCAACAUAUCUGACGUCACAGACAAAUAUGAGUUUGGACAAGUCCUUCGAGCGAAGGAGUUCUGCGAGCUGUGCCUGGCAAAGGACAGACAAACACAAAAGGUGUUUGUCUGCAAGAAAUUCCUCAAGAAAGAUGGCAAGAAAGUCCGCAAGGCUGCCAAGAACGAAAUCAUGAUCUUGAAACUGCUCAAUCACCCAAACAUCCUCCAGCUGAUAGACACAUUUGAGACCCGGAAAGAAUACUUCAUCAUCCAGGAACUCGCCACAGGAGGAGAUGUGUUCGACUGGAUUCUAGACCAAGGGAACUACACAGAGAGAGACGCUUCCAAUGUGAUCAAACAAGUUCUUGAGGCCGUGGCGUACUUACACUCCCUCAACAUUGUUCACAGGAACCUUAAGCUUGAAAACCUGAUGUACUACACAGAAAACAAUCACAACAGAGUAGUUCUGCGAGACUUUUACCUCUCCAGGUUUGAGAACGGCCCGAUUACAGAGCCCUGCGGAACACCCGAAUACUUAGCUCCAGAAGUGGUGGCUCGACACCGAUACGGUCGUCCGGUGGACUGCUGGGCUGUGGGUGUGAUCAUGUACAUACUCUUAUCGGGUAAUCCUCCUUUUUAUGAUGAAACUGAAGAAGAGAACACAGAUCUACAUAAUCGCAUCAUCUUUUGUCGCAUUGUUGCUGGAGACUUUGAGUUUGACUCUCCUUACUGGGAUGACAUUUCCCCUGCAGCUAAGGAGCUUGUGUGUCGACUUAUGGAAGUGGACCAGAUGCUGAGAGUCACAGCACAAGAUGCACUUCAACAUGAAUGGAUUGCAGGGAAUGGUGCAUCAGAGAAGAACUUAAAGGACGGUGUGUGUGCCCAAUUUGAAAAGAACUUUGCCAAGGCCAAAUGGCGGGAGUUGAAGAAAGCAAUCCGUGUAACCACCUUCAUGCAACGACUGAAGAACUCUGAGGCACUAAAUGACAGCUCAGCUGAAGUUCAGGGCAUUGAAGGACGCAUUUCACAGUGGACAAGUGAUGAGGGAGAAAAAGGCACAACUGAUGAGGGGGUCACAUCAAGCAGCGUGUCUUUAGAGGUUACUGUUGAAAGUGCACAAGUGGGUACAUACCAGGAUGAGAGCACCAUUAAAGUAGAGGAAAUACCAGAAGAAGUAAACAAGGCUACAGGCCCAUCUGUAGGAAUUUCUCCAUCAGAUAUUCAGGAGCCUCUCAGCCAAUCAAAUUCAGCCCCUAGACCUGCACAAGAGGAGCUUGGUAAGCCAAGUGUAAAAAAGGGAGCAGGGGAUGGAACCAGAAGAAUGGCUGCCAAUUUAGGUCAAAAUAAAGAAAUACCAGAGGCCAAACAUACCCCCGAACACUCAAAGCUGUUAGAAAGCUCUUCAGGCACAGAUGUGAAUAAAAAACAUGCAUUCACUUCUCCUGAGCCCAAAAGCAAACAGAAGAUGGCUGCAACCCUUCACAGUCCUCCCUCUGCAUCGUCUGUUAUUGCAACAUGCUCGCCAGAGAAAAGACCAGCUACCAAAAGUCUACAGAAGGAUGAAACCGAUGGAAGCUGGUGUCAGACACAAGUGCCUGAAGAAAUGGCAGAAAGGUCAGUGGGAGCUCCAGUUACUUCAGCAGUGGAGCAGGAGACUGGGGUGGAAACAGGAAUGGGAGUUAGGUUAAGGGGUGAUGCUAGCCCUGUAAGUAGAAGAGAUAGGAAUGUCAAAAGAACAGACAGGCACAGUGCUGAGGUAAGCAUGACCAGAACAGCUGUUUCUCCAGGACCAGGGUGUUAUACAGCAGGCAGCUCUGCUAGUUUGGGUCGUCAUGCCACACCGUACAAUCCAGAAUCAGUGACUGUGGGGAUGGGGAUAGCAGGGAGCUAUGGGAGUCCAUAUAGUUCUUUGUAUACAAGCGGAGGAGGGGUAGGGAUGUAUGGGACUGGUCUACAUCACGGAGGAGGUGGGAGCAGUGCUGCAAGUGACUGGCAAAUGGACAGUGUGAUUGAACAGAUUGAAAAGCAAAUGGUUGCAGUGCUUGAGAAGAUUGAAGGAGACAUGCCAUCGCUGCUUGAGCAAAUAAGUGACUGUCCUGCUGAACCAAUGCGUGCCAGGAGCGCACAUGCCUCUCCUGCCACCUCUCGCGCACGUCCAACUCAACACUCCUCUAUUUCGACGACGCCUCCACCACUUCCCACUUCUCCAAGGCCUGUUCUUCCAUCUUUCCCUCACCUUGGCAUACCGCCUCCGUCGUAUCCCCCACCGUCUCCCCCCUCACAGGCCUCACCUCAGACCCUCAGAGAGCGGGAAGACAAGGAUGGACAGAGAGGUGCUGCUCAUUCAGUGCAGUCACCAAAAGCUGGAAUGGGCAAGGGGUUAUAAGGCUAGUGUGCAUGAGGCGAUAAACAUGCAAAACACAUAAAACUCUGGAUUUAUCAUUAAAGUAAAGAGUUUAUUGACACUGUUUUGCUAAACUUUACUUGAUACCCCAAAUGGAGAAUUAUACAUUAUUUAAUUUGAAUCAGAUUUUAUAUCAAAUAACUGAGAACUCUAGACAAGUAAAAGUAAAGUGCUAUCUCUGAGUGACAACAACAAACCCUGAUCGUGUCCCUCAGUAUCAGCCACACAAUCAAUCCAUUUGGACACGUCCAAGCACUCAGCAGAUGUUGCAAUUAGCCAACACAAGU